GUCAAUCUCAGCGGAAUUUGAACCCAGAAUGUAACGGCAGACGAAAUACGGCUACACAUUUCGCCCGGCGUGCUAACGUUUCUGCCAGCUCGCCACCUUAACUUAUCAUAUCAAUUCCUCUCUGAUUCAGUACCUGUGUACAUUACUGCUAUUACUGAUUGGUUUCAGUCUCUUUCAGUAACAAAGUGAAAAGAUGUGAUUUGUUAUGAUGGACAAACUCGAUGAAGACAAACCAGUUUCUCAAAAUGGUAAUGCACAAAAUGAGGAGGAAGAAGAAAAGCAGAAACAUGAACAGCAAGAAGCUUUGAGAAAAUGGAAGAAAAAAAUAAUUACGAUUGUUUGUACUGGAAACAUUGAUGGACUAGAAGAUAUUAUGGAUGAACCAGAGUUUGAUAUCAAUAUUACUUGGUUUCAAGAAAAUCUGCUAAUGCAAGCUAUCCGAGCAGAACAGAUGGAAAUGGCAGAAUUUCUUAUAGAUAAUGGAAUAAACUAUAACUUCUCAAAAAUGGUUCUGGAUUACAAUGAAAAAUCAAGGAUUGUUGACUGUUACACUGUAAACUGUCGCCAGUUAGCAUACGAGCAUAGUCUUUUCCAGACAGUCCAACUGAUUGAUCUCAAAAAUCAAGAAGCUUUUGACUUCAUCAGCUCACGUAAUAGGCUUACUUCCGCUUAUAUGCCAAAAAGGAGAAGUGAAAAGAGUUUUGAAUUGGAAACUUCGGAAAUUUAUAAAAAAACAAAGAAAAACAUUGGGACAGUGGGCAUCAAAAAACGAAAAGAUCUAGCUAGCAACAUUUUGGCUGAAACUUAUAAAUUUCGACUUCACUCGUUGCCAUCGAGAUUCACCUUGAGUUUAAAGGGAAAUAACUUUGAAAUAUUAUUUAUUCAAGGCAAAUGUAAGAAUGGACACACGAUGGGUGAACGUUGUUCUUCAGCUAAUGAUAUCUAUAACCGUCCAUAUAUGCUAUUGAGACACGAACCUCAGAAGUAUAAAAAUUGCCUUUUCUUACUUACCAAACAACCAACUUUCCGGAAACUUAAAAAUUACAAGCGGUUUGAGUAAAAAAAAACCCAAAAAUAACCUUCUGCAUUUAGCUGUUACGAUCAAGAAUUUAAACUAAACACUUAAGGAAAAGACAAUCAGUCGCAAAACAGACCUCAAAUUUUUUCUCCUCGGAAGAAGGAAUACUGAACUUUCACAAUAACCGAUACCUAUCACCUGUGCUCUCUCAGAAUAAAUGAAAUAAAUGGCAUCACACACCAAGUCCUUUGUGAGCCUCUCUCCGGCUUUAUAUACCUAUGGUGCAACCUCACCUGGAAUUUGCAUCACCGGUCUGGAACCCCUAUCUUGCCCAGGAUAUUAAUCGUCUGGAAGCCGUUCAGCAACAUGCAACCAAGAGAAUACCCUCCAUCAGGCAUUUGCCAUAUUCUGAACGCCUUACUUCCCUGGGCAGGGACACAUUGAAACUCCGACGUCUGGCAGCUGACUUGGCAGACACCCAUAAAAUUAUUAACCAAACAUAUGGAGUAGGAUGAUAAUAUUGAACUAGCAAAGAACUCUUUUUAUUUUAUUUGAAUUUAUGCCGCAGAAUUUUUUUUUAAUGAUUUAAAAGUAAAAAAAAAAAAAAAAAGAAAUCUAUAUGAUCAAGGAAAGUUGAUCCUGACAAGAUUCGAACUGAAAACGAAGAGGGACGAAGCUGAAUAUUGUCAAGUUUUUAAUUGAACAAUCCACUGUUUCCACUACACCACAAUGAUAAUAAUUUUCUAACAAAAGCCCAAGCCCAGAAAUUUUGGGGGAGAGUAGCCGAUUAUAUUGAUCCUAGUACAUGACUGGUACUUUAUUUUACUGAUCCUGUAAGGAUGAAAGGCAAAUUUUACCUUGUUGGGAUUUGAAUUCAGAACGUAAAAGUGCACUACUAAAUACCAUUCACUCUUCUAUGUGCAUUCUACUAAUGCACAUAGACAGAAGUCCACAAAUUUCAGGCAGUAGUCAAAGUUGAUUAAACAAUACCUUAGUAUUUAUUUCAGUGACUCUGGAGCAGUGCUUUUCAACCUUUUUGCUGGAGCGGAACCCCAAGAAAACAUUUCACUGGCUCGAGGAACCCCUGUGUAAUAAUUUAAUAGUCUUAUGCACACAUAUAUGCACAGGAGAA